ACAGUCUCUUCUGCCCAUCUCGGAUUAGUCCGACUCCAAGACCGACGAGGUGCCCCGCCCCUUGCCCAGAGCGCUGCCUGCAGGAGCAAUGGCCCACGGGCUGUACCACGAGGAGUUCGCCCGAGCGGGCCAGCAGGCGGGGCUGCAGGUCUGGAGGGUCGAGAAGCUGGAGCUCGUGCCGGUGCCCAAGAGCGCUUACGGCGACUUCUACGUCGGGGAUGCGUACCUGGUGCUGCACACGGCCAGGGCGAGCCGGGGCUUCUCCUACCGCCUGCACUUCUGGCUAGGAAAGGAGUGUACUCAGGAUGAAGGCACAGCUGCUGCCAUCUUCACGGUUCAGAUGGAUGACUAUUUGGGUGGCAAGCCGGUACAGAGUAGAGAACUUCAAGGCCAUGAAUCUACUGACUUUGUUGGCUACUUCAAAGGAGGUCUGAAAUACAAGGCUGGAGGUGUGGCAUCUGGGCUAAAUCAUGUUCUCACGAAUGACUUGACCGCUAAGAGGCUCCUGCAUGUGAAGGGUCGAAGAGUGGUCAGGGCCACAGAAGUUCCUCUUAGCUGGGACAGUUUCAACAAGGGUGACUGCUUCAUCAUUGACCUUGGCACGGAAAUUUACCAGUGGUGUGGUUCCUCAUGUAACAAAUACGAGCGUCUGAAGGCAAGCCAAGUUGCCAUUGGCAUUCGGGACAAUGAAAGGAAAGGAAGAUCACAACUAAUUGUGGUGGAAGACGGAAGUGAACCAUCAGUACUCACAAAGGUUUUAGGGACAAAGCCAGAGCUUAGGGAUGGAGACGAUGAUGAUGACACCAUAGCAGACAUAACCAACAGGAAAAUGGCUAAACUCUACAUGGUUUCAGAUGCCAGUGGAUCCAUGAGAGUGACUGUGGUGGCAGAAGAAAACCCCUUCUCCAUGGCAAUGCUACUUUCUGAAGAAUGUUUUAUUUUGGACCACGGUGCUGCAAAACAAAUUUUCGUAUGGAAAGGUAAAGAUGCUAAUCCCCAGGAGAGAAAGGCUGCAAUGAAGACAGCUGAAGAAUUUCUAAAGCAAAUGAAUUAUUCCACCAAUACCCAAAUUCAAGUUCUUCCAGAAGGAGGGGAAACACCAAUCUUCAAACAGUUCUUUAAGGACUGGAGAGAUAAAGAUCAGAGUGAUGGCUUCGGGAAAGUGUACGUCACCGAGAAAGUGGCUCGAAUAAAACAAAUUCCUUUCGAUGCCUCAAAACUACAUAGUUCUCCGCAGAUGGCAGCCCAGCACAAUAUGGUGGAUGAUGGUUCUGGCAAAGUGGAGAUUUGGCGUGUAGAAAAUAAUGGUAGGAUUGAAAUCGACCGGAACUCGUAUGGUGAAUUCUAUGGUGGAGACUGCUACAUUAUACUCUACACUUAUCCCAGAGGACAAAUUAUCUACACGUGGCAAGGAGCAAAUGCCACAAGAGACGAGCUGACUACAUCUGCAUUCCUGACUGUUCAGUUGGAUAGGUCGCUCGGAGGACAGGCUGUGCAGAUCCGAGUCUCUCAAGGCAAAGAGCCUGCUCACCUGCUGAGUUUGUUCAAAGACAAACCGCUCAUUAUUUACAAGAACGGAACAUCAAAGAAAGGAGGUCAGGCACCUGCUCCCCCUGUACGUCUCUUUCAAGUCCGGAGAAACCUGGCAUCUAUCACCAGAAUCAUGGAGGUAGAUGUUGAUGCACAUUCCUUGAAUUCCAAUGAUGUUUUUGUCUUGAAACUGCGGCAAAACAAUGGCUACAUCUGGAUAGGAAGAGGUGCUAGCCAGGAGGAGGAGAAAGGAGCAGAGUAUGUAGUGAGUGUCCUCAAAUGCAGAACCACAAGGAUUCGGGAAGGCAGGGAACCAGAGGAGUUUUGGAAUUCCCUUGGAGGGAAAAAAGGCUACCAGACUUCUCCACUGCUAGAAACCCAGGCAGAAGACCAUCCGCCUCGGCUUUAUGGCUGCUCUAACAAAACUGGAAGAUUCAUUAUUGAAGAAGUUCCAGGAGAGUUUACCCAGGAUGAUUUGGCAGAAGAUGAUGUCAUGUUACUGGAUGCUUGGGAACAGAUUUUUAUUUGGGUUGGCAAAGAUGCCAAUGAAGUCGAGAGAACAGAAUCUCUGAAGUCUGCCAAGAUGUACCUUGAGACAGACCCUUCUGGAAGAGACAAGAGGACACCAAUUGUCAUCGUAAAACAGGGCCAUGAACCACCCACAUUCACGGGCUGGUUCCUGGGCUGGGAUUCCCACCGGUGGUAAACUGGUUUUUGUAGGAAAAACCAAACAAAUAUUAUGGCGCAACUGUCCCAUUGCCGUUUUGGGGGAAGGAAGGUUUUUGUUGUUUGUUGGACUUUAGAAAGUUAACUUCAGCCAUAUGGCUAUUGUUUUUGUGCCUAAUAUUGGUUUGAAAUUCUUUUUAACUAGAAUUUUCUUAUGUUAGUAUUUUAAAAUAACCUAAAUUUUUGUUAUGGACCAAGAGUAGCUCUGCUGGAAACUGGGAUUUAUAUCUUUUUAUAUGAAAUUUGUGCAUAAUCUAGGGGAGUUUAUCAGGGAAUUUUAUAAAUCAGGAGCCAUUAGCCAAACUUUUUCUUUAAUAUGCCAGAGAAGUAAGCCAUAAUGCCUUUGAGGCUAUUCUCCUAUGUGUUGUGUUCAAAAGGAUAGUAUAUUUGUGGUGAGGUUGAUGUUAAGGGGGGGUUUAAAAGUUUGUUGUUAUUUUGCUUCUUCAGCCAAUAUGACUCUGACACCAUUAACUCCCAAGUGUCAUUUCCUAAGAGUAACUUUACCAUGUUUGCCUUUUUAAAAGACUUUGAAAUCACAGCUUUUUCAUGACAAAAUAGUCUACCUAGAUAUACGUAUUUGACAGUGCUUGUUUAAUACCACAAAGGCUAUGUACAAAAAAAUUCAUUCAUGCUGUCUUUCAUCAUUAAAAUAUACCUCUUUUUGAAAGGGU